AUGCUUUCAACCACAUCAUACAUUUUCUCCAACGACACCGACGCUACAAACUUCCGUCGUGUAGUCAGGAGACAAGUUGCACACAGAGUCGAACACGCAGUCCCCGGCUCUGGAGCCAGUGCCCAAGAGGUUCAGAGAGCAUAUCUCGCAUACAUGCGCUCUCAACAACAAACCCGAGGCCUUGAGACCGAUGCCGCAGAACAGCAAGAAGUUACUCCUCCACCAGCAUACUCUGAGACCACAAACGAUGAGGUUCUGCCACCAUACUCUGCAGCAACGGUCAGCGAGCCACACCACCAACAUUCGCCAACCGCGCAGUUGGGUUCUUUGCUCUAUAGCAAUAUCUGUUCUCAACCUCGACCACCUAGAUACGAAGAAAGCGUUCACCCACCACCAUACUACCAACAGCUUGCUUCUACUUCAGCACCUCCACCACACUCAUCGCAGCUUCCUCAUCAAACCAUCAACGCAUAA